CUGCAGCUGCUCUUUACGACUCUCAAAUUCAGUGUAAAGUGAACGCGCUUGGUUGCAACAGCUACUUCUAUUUUUUUAAGAAUGACCGAUCAUAAGAUAGAAAGUGAGAUCAGCUUAUUUCUGCCCGAGGCUUAUUGCAACUUUCAGGACGGCAUGAAAUGGAUCUUGGAUCUAAUGGAAAUUGAGGAUUGCGAUGGAGAUUGGCUGCAGGAUGCCGAGUUCAUCUGCAAACGGAUAAGCGAAGUGAUGUACAAAAAGGAUUGGAUAUACAAAUUUGUGUUGAGGAACCUACUAUCCACUGCCACAUUCUAUAGGGGCUCCAAGAUCGAUGUGCCAUUGGAUUUUGACCAAUAUUUACACUUCCAAAUGCCCUUUCCGGUGACGCCCAUUUUCAAUACCGUGCAGCCGGGCUAUAUAAAUCUGUAUGCGCCCAUCACCACACAUCCCAUGAUCACCAAGGGAUAUGUGAACCCAGAGAAUGUUCAGUUGCUUCUGCGAGGUAAUCUCCGCGAUGCCAUCAGCAGAAUCAAGUACAUCUAUUGCAGCAGUGGCGUCCAAUACACACUCAAAUAUCGCACCCAUGAGAUUGGCGAUCAGGGAUUUGUGCAUGAGAUUCUGGCGUGCGAGCAACGUGAUUCAGGCAUGCCCAGCAUUAUUUCCUUUGUUUUUCUGCCCGCAUUGGAGUUUAAAUUCGCCGACUUUCCGUUGCCCACAUUCGUGCCAACAGGACCUGCCUGGACGCACUGCAGCACUGCCUCUUAUUGGCUGGCUUUACUUCAGGUCUAUCCACAGUACGACAAUCGAAGCUUCUGCCCCUACGUGCCACGCAUGCAGCUCAUCAAAAACGAAAGCUUGCUCAAAUAUCGCAAUGCCCUGCGACUGCUUGUCAAAAUUGGCAUGGGCAACAAUAUACCAGAUAUAUCGGAUAUAUUUGUCCUCAAGGGUUUGCACUUCUUUCGCCUCAGAUACAGCAUGAAUUGCGAUUGCAACAUAUCCCUGGCCACCCUAUUUAUGGAGUUACUCAACAUACACACCCAUAUGACUUAUAACGAUGCUCUGCUGAAGGUGCUGAUUUUUGGGGAUGGUGAGCAGCAUUCUAUGCAGCAUGCAUUGAAAUUGGAUGCCAUAGCUCGCAGCGUGUCCAUGUACUACUAUAUAAACAAUAUACAUGUGGACCAGCUGAAGCAAAUGUUCGGACUGAUAUGAAUUCGUUCACAUUUCCAGCUCAAUUACAUUACGUAUACGCCGUGUGCAAUAAACAAAUGUAUGCAAUUUGUUUAUGUCUUGUGCACAAAGCACAUUUGUCAGCUGGAAUUUAUUGUUGUCUAUAUAUAUAUUUAUAUAUAUAUAUAUAAAUAUUUAUCUAUGCGUAUGUUAUGCCACAAUUUUGUUUAUUUACAGACUACAACAAAUGAUUUCCCUAAAAG